UCCACGUAGUUAUUUGUUGUCUUUCUGCAACUUCGGCUUUUUGAAUUGCAUUUGUUAUUAACGAUGCAAUUUCACUUUAAAAUUGCUGAACCAGACGCAGGUCCAUCGGCUAGUAGUAGCGCCGGUAAUCCACACAGCUCACUGCAGCCACAGCAGCCAGCUGUGCUAAUCGAACCUAAGGAUGCACAGCACGAGAUAAAGCUACAAAAUAUUGUGGCCACCUUCUCCGUAGAUUGUGAGCUGGAUUUAAAGUUGAUCAACUCGCGGACUCGCAAUUCAGAGUAUUCCCCUAAGCGCUUCCGAGGAGUAAUAAUGCGUAUGCAUUGUCCACGAUGCACUGCACUCAUCUUUCGAACAGGUAAGAUUAUCUGCACGGGAGCACGUAACGAGAUCGAGGCCAAUAUGGGCUCUCGCAAAUUUGCGCGAAUUCUACAAAAACUGGGCUUCCCUGUAAAGUUUGUGGAUUACAAGAUACAGAAUAUUGUGGCCACAGUGGAUCUGCGUUUUCCCAUCCGCUUGGAGAAUCUAAAUCAAGUGCACGGUCAGUUUAGCUCAUAUGAACCAGAAAUGUUCCCAGGUUUAAUAUAUCGCAUGGUAAAACCGCGCAUUGUUUUAUUAAUCUUCGUCAAUGGAAAAGUGGUUUUCACCGGCGCCAAGUCGAGAAAGGAUAUAAUAGAGUGUCUAGAGGCUAUAUCGCCUAUAUUGCUUAGUUUUCGUAAAACAUAGAUAAUUGUAUAUGUAUGCAUGUUAUUAUAGCCAUAAGUAUAA